AUGGAAAUUGCCGCCUAUCGGAAACUUCUGGAGGCUGAGGAGACGAGGUUGAACAUGUCCACAAGUCGAACAAUAUCAACGUCGACGGGAAAGGAGACGCCAGUCAGACGCACACCCUUAAGGUCCCUCAAAUGCAAGAGCACCGUCCUGGAAGAAGACACCAUCAGAAAAUCGGCCUUCCAGUCUACGGCUCAGUCCACUGGGGACAUAGAGAUUGUCGAAGGUUGUCCAGAUGGCAAGUUUGUCAAGCUUCAAAAUAAGAGCAAUAAGGACUUCUCCAUCAGGGGUUUCCAGAUCAUACGCACGGCAGGAGAAGCCGAGACCACCUACAAGUUCCACUCCAAGUCGAAGGUCCCUGGCGGCGCCACCGUCACCAUCUGGUCCUGCGAUACAGAAGCCAACCACGAGCCGCCUCUCACCAUAGUCAUGAAGAACCAGAAGUGGGCAGUCGCUGAUAACAUGACCACAAGGCUCCUGAGUACUAGUGAGGAAAUGGCCGUCCGGGAGAGUAAGCGGGAGACAGAGUCGUCGUCAACAACAAGGGAGAGAGAGUUCCAACCAGAGUCCAAGGAAGAGGAGGUGGUAUCGCGACUAUACACUGGUUGCAUCCUUGCUUAA